CCUGAUUAGGAAUUAUCAUUAAUUAAUUAACCAUUAUCAGUUUUAAUUAAGCAUUGUCAGUUUCCUGAUCCUUCUCUCCAAGCCUGGGUUUCAGUGUGUUGGAAUGGAGGUCACUGGGGGCUCCUGGCUUUUACAUGCACAGACGGUGCAAUACAGGAAUGAAGAUACUACAGAUACUGAGGGAACCACAGACACAGAGAAGCUGGGACUGGUGGCUGUACUCACUUUGAUGGAGGGUGAUGUUCUGAUUAGUGUUGGACAUGCCAAUGUGUUAGGAUAUACCCUCCGUGAAUUUUUAAAGCUUUUGCAAAAUAUCACCAUAGGAACAGUGCUACAAAUCAAGGCUUAUCGAGGCUUUAUUGAAAUACCCCAGGAAUGGAAAGACGUAUAUGAUUUAAUCCCCGAGACCAAAUUUCCAAUCCCACAUACACCAAAGAAAACAGAGCAGGCCAAACAGUCUUUUGAAAGCGAUGAGCAUGAAGAUACAGUUUUAGAUCACAGACUGAAGUAUUACAGGUAUCCUCGGUCAGUGUGGAAUCACCCUGUACGAAUACCGCUGUCGAUCUCCACAGAAUGGCAUGGGUAUAAGAAGAAGGACAAUACUAUUAGUGUUGGCAAAGACGUUAAGAGCGACGUAGUAAUUCACAAGGACGACGAGAAAGAACUGAGGGCACCUUCUCCAUACUGGGCAAUGGUGGAGCAAGAUGAACGCAUCUCCUCCUCCUCCUCCCCCGCUUCCUCCAUCUCAGAUGCCUUUUGGCUGGAGGAUUUUGCACAGGACGAGGAGGGCAAAGGUGAACAGGUAUCAAAGUUUGGUUAGGUAUUGGUUUGCAAAUUUGUAGCCAUAGAACUUUUUAUUUUUAAACAUCCAAUUUUUAUGUCUUACCAUGGUGUUGAUUUGUGUAUUUCCUACACGACUUACCAGCCCUCCCAUGACUACAGAAACGCCUUCUUCCUUACUUCCCUGUGGAACAGGCUCCACAGACCUGCUCUCAGAGCCACCAUCAUUUGCUCAGCUUUUACAACGCCACUAGAGGAACCUGCCCAAUCAUCAGAAUGGCGGACAUUUGCCUUGUAUGGUACAGUUUUCCUUGAGGUUUUGGACUGGUUGUUUACAUUACAGCCCCGCCCACACCCUCUCAGUGAUACCUUUACCUGGAAAGUCAGGACUGAAACAAGCCAGGAAGAUAGGAGAAGGAGUCAGACACAAAAGAAACCAGAUGAGAGGACUUUCCUUAGAAAUGUACUUUUACUGUAAAUGGGGCAAAAUCCAGACUGUUCAAUUGUUAUUAUCCCAAACUGAGCAAAUUUUAAAGUUGUUUUUAUUUUAAAAAGCCAUCAGUAAUAAUCUGGAAUUUUUUACUUUUAAAGCUGCUUAGCCUCAAUUUUAACAGUUUCUGAAAUUUUUUAAUUGAUGUAAUUAGUGAACUUAAUUACUCUAUUACUGUUUUCUUUAAAGCAUUUAAUAAAUACCUGUUGACUGCCUAGGAAGAGUACAAGAAAAACAUUUACAUACAAUGUUUUAUUGGCUCUAUGGCAGCUAGGAGGACUAUACUUUUAAGUUUUUUUCUUCAUUGAGAAAAAUGUUGAAUUAACAUUAAUUAAUAAUUAAGAGACCUGACUCUGAUGUGUUUGCUGGUCUGGGCUGAGACUUGAAUAUAUGCAUCUGUUACAACUCGUCAAGAAAAGGCGUAUGUCCCAAGUUUCCACUUGCUGUCAUUGACUUCUUGCCAGAAACAAACUUUUUCGCAGCCUUAAAUAAAACACAGAGAGUUAAAUGUCAUCACCAAGUAGAUAAACCAUGUACCUUGAGUUUGUGGACCAGACAUUCUAGGGCAGCAACUCUGUAACACAGCCUCCUAAGACGAUUAACCGUGAGACAGUGUUUUAUUCUGAAGGUGUACAGCAUCACAUGUGCAGCUAAGCAAACAGAAGGUCUCUAGAUGAGUACAGUCUUGAAGAAAAACCCCACUGACACUCAAAACCACGAAGAAUGGCUACUGGUAGGCUGCACGUUGGUAUUGUAAUGGUAAAAAGGCAUGAAUUAAUCAAAAUACUGUCAUUCACAUUAAAGUAAAUUUAUGUAAU